AUGGAAGCGCAUAAUGUUGUUUCGUGGUGGCUUGUUUUGAUGGUUGUGAUCUUGUCUUGUGGCUACGGCGGUGUCCAAGCUGAUAGGGCGGGGAUUUUUCCGGCUUCGGGCGCCGGAAAAAAAGGGAUACAAAUGUCUGAAGGUGUUGGUCUGGAUGUGGACUUGACGGCUGGUGGAGGCCGAGGCUAUGGUCCUGGGCGGGGUUAUGGCGGAGGCCGUGGAGGCGGCGGCGGCGGUGGGUUUGGCAAUGGCGGCGGCGGAGGGUUUGGCAAUGGUGGCGGCGGAGGGUUUGGAAAUGGCGGCGGCGGAGGGUUUGGUAAUGGAGGCGGCGGAGGGUUUGGCAAUGGCGGCGGUGGUGGGAGUGGGAUGGGUAAUGGUGGUGGUGGCGGCAGCGGUGGUGGUGGUGGAUUUGGUUCUGGCGGCGGCGAUGGAUGGAGCAACGGGGGCGGGGGUGGUUCUGGUUCCGGGAUGGGAGGAUAUGGCGGUGGCGGUGGGUCGGGGUAUGGUGACGGUGGUGGCGGUGGUGGUGGGUCGGGAUAA